UUCCAGCUUCGUUGCAAUCAGGUGGGAUUUCAGCGAUCCCCUUCCUGUCUGCGCAGUCGUAGGAAAUCAACAUGGAUUAUGGAGGCAGGUCUGAUUCUGUAAUUGAGAUCAUUCCAGAUGCUUCUGCAAUUUGUUCUGAACCUAUUUUACCUUCGCAUGAUCAAUCAAUAUGGGCCACGGAAGAUGAUUACCGUGCUUGGAAUGGUGAUUCCUCCAUGGAUUCCUUCUCAAAUCAAACGAAUGAUGGUCGACAAUCCCAAUCCCGGGCGGGGAGUGAGCAGCCCCAUAGUAAGAAACCCCGAACAUCCUCACAGGCAGAUUCUGGACUUAGCAAGUCCAAAGUUUUAGGUAAAAUGUUCUUCAAAACCAAAUUAUGCUGUAAAUUCCGUGCCGGGACAUGCCCUUAUAUCACAAACUGCAACUUUGCACAUGCUCUGGAUGAGCUGAGGAAGCCUCCUCCCAAUUGGCAAGAAAUUGUGGCAGCUCAUGAAGACGGCAAUCUUCCAGAGCCAAGGGAGGAGCACCAGAUUCCAAUCCUAACUACCUCCCCUGGUGUAGGUGAGGGACAGAGAUCAUACAAGGGGAGAAAUUGCAAGAAAUUCUAUACUGAGGAGGGAUGUCCAUAUGGUGAUGCUUGUACUUAUCUCCAUGAUGAGUUGAAACCUCGUGAAAGUGUGGCUAUAAGCCUCUCACCGACAGUUGGUGGAGGAGGUUAUGCAGCUGGAGGAAAUGGAAUGAAUCAGAAGCCUUCGAAUUGGAAGACCAGGAUUUGUAACAAGUGGGAGAUGACUGGAUACUGCCCCUUUGGCAGCAAGUGCCAUUUUGCUCAUGGUGCUGCAGAGCUCCAUAGAUAUGGUGGAGGAUUGGUAGAAAUGGAACCCAGAGAUGCUUCAGCAACAACAACAGACUUGAAGCAGGCCGGUGCAUCGACGAAGACGAUAACAGAUGCUGUUGUGGCAUCAAAUACCUCAGUUCCUCAUGGAGAUGCUUAUCAUGUUGGAGCUCCUGCACAGAGAUCAAACAUGGUAAAUCAGAGACAGAUUCAAAGACCAGUCCAGAACUGGAAAGGGCCAGAUAAGAUUAGUAGGAUCUAUGGGGACUGGAUUGAUGAUAAUGAGUAAAAUCCUCUCUCUCUCUCUCUCUCUGCACUCUAAAGCUAAAAAUUUGAAGAAAAAAGAGGUUGAAAUAUCUUCAGAGUUGCUUGAUGUGGUGGAAGGAUUCAGCAUAGUUGCUGGAACUUGGGUCUCGUUUGGGACGGCUUUUUUGCUGCUUUUUGAAGCAGCUUUUUAGUAUAAAAAUUAAAAUUUCUGUACUAGAAAGCUAUUUUAAAAAGCAGUAAAAAAGCCGUUCCAAACAAAACCUCAAUCUAUUAAAGCCAGAGUAUGGAAUCUGAGCUACCAGGAAUUAUGAUCCAUCAAGUUUGUAUCAUGUUUGAUUAUCUAUCUGUACAAUAAUAAGGUUUCUUAGAAUUAUGAGUAUUGUCGCUUAUCGGCAUCAUCAGGAAAUUUGAGUUUGUAAGAUUAAGGGGGCAGAAAUUCCAUCAAUUAUGAUGCUUGUAGUUGUUUCUUGUAACUUAUUUUCUCUGUUCAUAUGUGAAUUAAAAUAAUGUUUUAUGUCCU